AGCUGCGAGCGCUGGGGUCGUACGGGCGGAGGGCGCAGGCUCUGAGGCCGGCAAAUGAUCAUAGAGUUGGCCCUGGUGGCACCGCAGUCCCUAGAGUUCUGAUCCAGCUCUUGCUGGUUCCCCAGCCCUGACCUUAACUGGGCUUGGGGCUGGGUGGGUUUCACAGUCCACCGGUAUCCACUAUGCUUCUGGAAGAAGUCUGCGUCGGCGACCGGUUGAGUGGCGCAGCGGCCCGUGGCGACGUGCAAGAGGUCCGCCGCCUUCUUCACCGGGAGCUGGUGCAUCCUGACGCCCUGAACCGCUUUGGCAAGACGGCCUUGCAGGUGCCCUCUUGAAGGAUCUCUGGUUAUUUCAGGGACAUCUUCAUUUCGGCAGGUCAUGAUGUUUGGAAGUCCAGCAGUUGCUUUGGAGCUCCUGAAGCAAGGUGCCAGCCCCAAUGUCCAAGAUGCCUCCGGUACUAGUCCUGUGCAUGAUGCGGCUCGCACCGGGUUCCUGGACACCCUGAAGGUUCUGGUGGAGCAUGGUGCUGAUGUCAAUGCCCUGGACAGCACUGGGUCGCUCCCCAUCCAUCUGGCGAUAAGAGAGGGCCAUAGCUCCGUGGUCAGCUUCCUAGCUCCUGAAUCUGAUCUCCACCACAGGGACGCUUCCGGUCUCACUCCCCUGGAGUUGGCUCGGCAGAGAGGGGCUCAGAACCUCAUGGACAUUCUGCAGGGGCACAUGAUGAUCCCAAUGUGACCCAAGGCCACUGUCUCCAGCCUUACUGGGUUACUUGUCAACAAAAGAGGAAAGAAACUUUCUCUUUUCACACCUGUCCAUUGAAGAAGGGAGUGGGAGGAGCAGUUUGUGGUUUAUUGGUGUUGAUUUCUUGAGUGUGUGUGUUUGGGGGGUGUUUCUCAUUUGUUUUUCUCACCCCUUUUGGUGUGUUGGACAAAGAAGGGGCUCCUACAGGCAACAGCCAUCUAAACGGUUCAGUUUCCUCUGCACUGGGGCUGCACCAGGGCAGGGGUUUAAAGCCCUAGCCUCAGAGUGAGGUCAUCACUUCCCGGGCCCCUUGGAAGCUGGUGACCUUGGCAGGCUGUGCUCAGAGAGCCCUGAAGUGUGAGCCAUCUACUUUGGGCAUGUGAGGGGGAAGGGAAAGCAUUUCAAAUCAAUUAAAAGGAUAACAUGAGUUCAUUUUUCUUUCUUGGAAGGUUUCCAGUCUGUUGUACAGAGUUUGAAAUAUAAAUAUUUAUUGCUUUAUGGAAA